CAAUGAUCACCUCCGGGUUAAUCAGUGAGCACCAGCACGACGGACGCAGCGCGCUUAUCAUGUUUAUUGCAUACCGUACGUCAGUUUCGUCGUAGAUACGGCUCGUUUGGCACGCAGCAGCAGCAGCAGCUACAGCAGAGCUCCGAGUCCGCUUCCGAUGGCCGCUGCUGCACGCUACUGUAUCAUCGGUGCGGGACCGUCCGGUUUGUGUACCGCCAAACAUGCGCUGGCCUUCGAUCGCAACGCCACGGUGCAAGUGUUCGAGCAAUCUAACCAGAUUGGUGGGCUGUGGGCGUACACCGAGCAAACUGGCAAGGAUGCGAACGGGUUGGACAUAACCUGCAUGUACGCUAACCUGCGCACCAACCUCGUGAAGCAAGGUAUGGGCUACCCGGACUACCCGAUCGACGAACAGGCACCCACGUUCGUGACGAUCCGCGACGUGAUCAGGCAGCUGGAGGGCUACGUGGAUAAGUUUCAGCUAAAGAAAUAUAUCCACUUCCAGCACCAAGUAGUGCGUGUGGCCCGAAACUUUGAAACUAACCAGUGGGACGUUUUGGUGAAAGAUGUGGCCCAUAAUCGGUACGAUGUGCAUCAGUUCGAUUUUGUGCUGGUGUGCAAUGGCCACUACAGCUCACCGGUGAUACCAUCGUUUCCCGGGCAGGACGUUUUCCGGGGCCGACAGCUACACAGCAAAGAUUAUCGUCGUAGCGAACAUUACCGGAACGAGCGCGUGCUGGUAGUUGGCGGCGGGCACAGCGGAGUGGAUAUUGCCCCGGACGUGGCCGGGUGCGCCGAUAAGGUUGUGCUGAGUCAUCGGUGCAAAGUUCCGGUGCAUACCGGUGAUCGUGUUGUGCAGAAGCCCGAAGUUUUGCACCUAACGGAAGCUGGUGCUAAAUUUGUGGAUGGCACAGAGCAGGACUUCGACACGGUUAUCUAUUGUACAGGCUAUCGCUACUCCGUACCAUUUCUGUCGGUGGACUGUGGAGUAUCGCUCCACGACAACGCCAUCAGUCCUCUGUACUAUCAUUGCAUCAGCAUCAAUCAACCGACGCUGGCCUUUAUCGGGCUGCCGUUCAAUGCGUGUCUGAUGCUCAUGAUGGAUCUGCAGGCUAGGUUUUGUUUGAAGUUUUUCAGCGGACAGCAGCCGUUGCCGAGCAAACAGGCGAUGCUGGACGCGUGGCGCAAGGAUCAGGCCGAACGUACGGAGCGAGGCCUAACGGGCAAGCUAACGCAUAUGCUGGCGGGAGAUUUGCAGCAGCGGUACUACGAUGAUCUCGCACGUAUUGCCGGCAUAGAAUCGCUCAAGCCGGUGCUUGCCAAAAUGCAUGCCGAUUGCAUCAACAGCAAAAAUGAGGAUGUAAACUUUCGUAGCUUUGAAUAUCGUAUUAUCGAUGAUGAAAAUUUCGCGAAAGUGAAGAUACCGGCGAAAGCGUUGUCCUCAAGCGUUGCUUAGGCCGAGCUUAAUUUGUAGCGUGGCGAAAUGGUGCAAAGUGGCCAAUAAAAGUUUUCUAUUAUGUUUCUGCAUCAAAACAUCUUCCAAA